CAGUAGGAAAGGUGAGGGAGGCCAGAGCGGCCGAGCAAACCUGACAAGAAGUGCUAGAUGGUUAUUUUGUGCUCUCUAAGAAUACUUAUUUGACAUGUUUAUCUAUCUUCUAUUUUAAUUUUACAACAUUAUUUCUACUAUAAUUUCUAUUUAUUAACUAUUAUUUCUGAUCCACAGACAUUUAAAGGCCCUGAAAAAUCUACAUUUAUAUUACUUAUAACACCUACUUAUAAUAUAACCGCACCUGCAACCCCGAUGAAGCAGGCUAGCUGAGUUUUACAUAACUGAAGAAUAUUUAAAACAAGCUAUAAAAGUUUUUAAUAAUAAACCAAAGAAAAGCACACACCUUGCCCCUCUUGUUGCAAAUGUUAGCUGUGCUGACUGCCUUGCUUUGUACUGAAACAAAAUAAGAUUAAAAGAUGCUGCAAGGCGGAUGUGGGAGAAACACUUUCAAAUAUCCCUGAUUGAGUUAGAGGAUAUCAUUUUCAUGUAACACUUUUGUAAUAAUAAUACGCAAAGCUUAAAUAAUACAGGAAGAAGUGAAAUCUGCCUCUUGUCAGCGUUUACAAUGAGAAGCACUUGGAUGAUUAGAUGUCUUGCAGUCGAUGCAGCUUCUUCUCCCAAUCAUUAAGACUGCUCUUAACAGAUUACACCCCCUCCCAAACAUACACACACACACACACACACAGUUCCCCUCCUCUUGCUGCUCCUCCUUCUGUCUCACAUACCCUCUCUUUCAGCAGAAGGAGCAGGAGACUUACCUCUUGACUUACCUUCUCUUUGAAUUUCAACGUUUUUUGAGCAUUUUCUACAACUGAAGCGACAGCUCACCUUUUGAGGUUCAGGUAGAGUUUAUCUGGUUUCUCCAGAGCUCCACUAUGACUACAGAGCAGAAUAAAAAAGCUGACAAAAGGCUGACAAACAUGGAUCUGCUAACGAUCCUCUGUCACCUUCUACUUGUAUGCUCUGAUCCCGCGGCAGCCACAAGCCUCAUUACAGCGGAUAUAUUUGAAGCCAGAGGUCAACGUGUGUGCAAAGCAGGUAAAGGGAGGCCGUGUUACAAGCUGGCCUACUUCUCUGAACUCCGGCGGAGGCUGAACUUCGUAGAGGCAGAGCUUGCCUGCAGACGGGAUGGAGGGCAGCUGCUGAGCGUGGAGUCAGCGUCUGAGCAGAAGAUCAUAGAGCAGCUCAUCACAGAGCUCCGGCCAACUGAUGGCGACUUCUGGAUCGGUCUCCGUCGUAACCAUGGAGAAGAGGACAGCAGCUCAGACUGCUCCUCACAGUACUACUGGCUAGACGGCAGCGAGUCUACAUUUAGGAACUGGCACUGGGAUGAGCCAUCCUGUGGCUAUGAGGUGUGCGUGGUAAUGUACCACCAGCCAUCCGCUCCUCCUGGUCUUGGGGGCCUCUACAUGUUCCAGUGGAAUGAUGACAAUUGCGAAACCAAGAACAACUUCAUCUGCAAAUACACUGCAGAGAUGCCAUCUGACUCUCCCCCGUCUCCCAACUCUACUCAAACAGAUGUCAUCCCUUCAUCUGUGCUGCCGUGGAACCCAAGUGACCACAACCAGGACAGAAGUACAGCUAUGAAUUUGGUUUACAUUUUUAUUCCAACCAUUCCUCUGAUACUGCUGUUGCUGACAGUGACUGGUGUCUGCUGCUUCAAACUGCUUGGCAGACGGAAGAAACAGCAAAAAUCAGAAGUCUGCCAGACAGACCCAGGCCUCUGCCCCAGUCCGACUCCAACUGACGUCUACAACGUCAUUCGCUCCCAGAAGGAAGACGACCUGGUUUCAGCUCGCCCACAAACCAAGAACACCUCCUUUUUAUGCUCCUCCCCUGACACACCGACAGGUGACUAUGACAACCUGGGCACUCGGGACACAGAGAGUGGCUUUGUGACGCUUGCCAGCACAGAAAGCUGCUUCCUCAACUUUGACCUCAAUGACCUCGGCCUUGGGCGUCGUGACACUCGUGACUUCUAUGACACCAGCUUGGGUCGUCCAGGAAAGAGGGACCUGAAUGACAGCAGUUUGGGUCGCGCUGGGCACAAAGAGUUUUAUGACAGGAGUUUAGGCCGCCGUACAACAAAGAGUGAGCAUUAUAGCAGCAGUGUGUAUGGCGACCAUGGAUUGUAUGAUGGUGGCAUCAAAGGAGCGAGUAAUCUUUGUGAUCCUAAACUGAGGCCUGGAGGACACACGGUAAAAGCUGACCUCUACCAGUCAUACAUCACAAACGGGAAGGGAGACAUUUACCAAAGCAGCCUCGGAACCUAUGGAAACCGAAAAUCCUCCCAAGCAAAUCUGGACUGCUACAGAAAUGGCCUGAAUCUUGACGGUGGAACAAGAUACUUCAAUGAACAAGAAUGGAUCAACAGAGAAAACUACUGAUGCUCUAAACAGCUCCUUUAUUGUGUGUACAGCAGUGUGUGUGUGUGUGUGUGUGUGUGUGUGAUAGAGUGUCAAAAAACUGUGCAUGUAUAUGGUUGUAACUGUACCUUAAGUUUCUGAAACCUUGUAAUGGAUGAAAGUCAGGUGAGGUCACGUUGAAAUAAUAUUUUGUUGAUAAGUCCAAAAUACACCAUGUGACAGUUUGGGGGAAUAUGAACAAUUUAAAAACUAUAUGCUUAAGGACUCGCUUUACCCAAAUUACCAAAAAAAAAACCAAACAAAUAAAAAAACAAGAAAAAAAAAACAUUGAUUCUCUCACUACCUGUGAUGGUAUCUUCCCGUGCUGAAAUUUUGGGUGUGCCGAGCUGAGACAUCCAUACGGCUUUCUGCCUCCACCCCUGACUUUGCUGGUCAUGCUAAAAGCAUUUGAAAAUCAGGAUUAAAGAAUUAAACUAAACAUAUCUUUCUGUUAAAACACCCAGGUUAACCAGCCUUCACUGUAAGUUUUGAAUGUAAUUUUUCUGUGCUAUCAAAGUUGGAACCCAUUUAUUUUAUUGAGAUGGUGGCAGAAAUCUCAGACAAACAUUAUGUGGCAAAAGUUUUUAUAUGCAACCACUCAACCACUACAGACAAGAAUUUCUUCUUUUUUAACAAUUUGGGUGAAAUAAAUCUUUAAAGGAGUUGAACAGAUUUGAAAAUGUUUUUAAAAGAAGUGUGGAGGAGUGGAGUUGGAAGACCUCUGCAGCCUGCUCUUCAUCUCUGCUUGAGGCUGGCUAGCAGCAGUACGCUACGUUAACCACCACAAGCCUAACACCCCCAAAUCUCAGUCCGUGGUUGAACUGAAUUAUGGGUAAUGUAGGUGCCAGGUUUUGACAACAAAGGUGGUGUGAAAUAUGGAAGAUGAUAUUUCUGGUUUAACUGUCCAUUGUGAGUCAGACCAUCUUAUAUAAGUGGACUAUUGCUCUGGACCUCGUUAUGGGCCCCAGUCAUUUCAGGUGAUAUUGUGCUUCAAAUAUAUUUUGUUUUUGAUAAUUUACCACAAAUGAAUUCACAUACAAGAAAAUGAGGGCCUUCAGAGGCGGCUGAUAUUCCAGCUUUGAGGAGAAGAGGCCCAGUUGAAGCGCUAAAAUACAAUGACGUGUUCCAGGUGACUUUUAUCACGUCACCUCCCACUGUCCUCUCACACUGUUGUAUUACCAUAAUUUACAGAGACAAUAACCUCCCUCAGAUCUGACUGUGAUUUUUUACAAUAAAAGUAUGUAUGUAGCAGCCUGUUUGCAUGGCCUUGUUAUGCUGCCCUUGCUUGGUAGAAUAACUGUUGAGGUCUUGGACACUUAUGUUUGCUGUGCCUGAAAAUACUACUGUAAUCACACAUAAGUUUACCUGAUAUAAACAAGCUACCUCCAACAGACAAGAAGCCACACAAUAAACCAAUACUGCUCGAGGCAGCAAAGACAAAGAGUAUGUUUUGACAUGGACUAAAACUAUAACACUUUUCCUUCAUUUAUUAAUGAUCUCCUCUCUCUGUGUUCUUCAAAGAUAGUAAAAAACAGUGGUCCCCCUGCAGUCAGACCACUGUGACAGCAUGCUACUGAAGAGAAUGAUAAAAUACAGCAUUAUUUAUUCUUACUGUAUAAUGCCUUGACAUCGCUCCUGUAGGCAACAAUAGUUUGUAUGUUUGUUACAUGACAAAAUCUUC